AUGUAAACAAACGCUACUGUCAGUAUGCGACAGCUUUACCUGACAAUUAAACAUGGAUCCCACGUGCACAUAUUAUAUUUUAAAUAUUAGAUGGCUGACCUUUCUGAUGAUUCGGAUAUAAAUCCGGAAGAAAUUGCACGUAUAGUUGAAGAUAUUGAGAAUCUGGAUAAUAACUUGCUUAAAAGCUCAUUUAAAAAACCGAGCCGUACAAGAAUAGAUAAUGAAAAUUCUACAUUAGCGAGUAAUACGGAUACCAAGAAAAAGGUUCUAUUUAAAGAUUAUAAUAAAGAAGAUCCUUUGGCAGAUUUAAUAUCAGACGAAGAAGAAAUACCAUUACAGCAAAAGAAUGUUAUUACACAAAAUGCUAAAAGUACUUUAAUGGAAAGUUUAUUUGGUAUUAAAACUAUAAAUAGUUCUGUAUCCAGUAUACAAUCAAGCGAUAAACCAAUACUUUCAUUGACUGAUACAAGUACAGAUAAUAUUAAUCCAGUUAAAAGUUCAUUGAAUCAAGAUAGUCAAUUACAUUUAAAAGAUGAUCCUGUUGUUCCUGAAAAUAAACCGUUAAAGCAAAUAAAUAUACAAAGAACGCAGAGUACUUCUUAUAUUAAUGAUAGUACUACAACUAGUACGCAUAAUAAGUUAAAAUCGACGACUGAUAAAUCACAAAAAUCAUUAUUAAUGGAAGACUUAUUUGGAAGUAGACAACGUUCUAUUUCUACACAGAAUAUUAGCACUCAAAAAACUGUUGACAGUAUUGGUACAAAAACAAAUACAGAAUAUACAACAGAUAUUAUCAAAGAAGAUAAUCCAGUUAAAUCUACAACGUUUGGAUAUGCACCUACUACUUCUGUGUCUAGAGAAUCACGUAGAGGAAGAAAAACUUCUAGUAUAAUUAAUGAUCCUUUAGGUUUACUUUCUUCACCUCAACGUGAAUACAAUUCUGAAUUGAAAUCAAAAACAGCUGAAACUGUUGAAGACUCGAAUAAAAACAAAUCAACGAAUCAAGAUCUACCAGAAUGGUUAGGUGGAACAAAGAAAUUAGACAGUAAAAAACAACAGGAAAUUGAACAACCAUCUAUGCAUAAUGCAGAACAGAAUAUUACGCAGCAAAAACAGCCUUUAGAAAAUUCACAAAUACAACAUAACUUCAACAUAAACAAACCAAUAGAGACAGAUAAUAGUGACAUGAAUAAUACAGCUGUACGUAAAGAAGAAUUACCAAUACUAAUUAGUACACAAUUCGAUCAAUAUGCAACAAUUAUGACUAUGCAACAACAAGAACACGAACUAAGAACAGCUGCAACUUUAUCUCAUCAAAAUGAUCAAUUAAAUAAGCUGAUAGAAACUCAAAAAUAUAAAUUGACUGAGCAAGAAAAACAAUUUAACAUGCUUAUUAAAAAACAAAUGGAUAGACAAAUCUUACUUGAAGCACAAAUGAAACAACAGCAAGAACGUAUUAAUCAUUACAUUCAGACAUUGAUAGCACAACCAACAUCAUUGCCAAUACCAAUAAAUUUUUCAACGAAUCAAACUACAGAAGAUAUGCAAGAAGAAAAAGAUAAAAUUAUUUUUGAAAAAUCAAUAGAAAAAUUAGAAUCGGAAAAGUUAUAUCUGGAAAAUACAUUGAAAAGUUUAAACGAUAGACAUGAAUAUGAAUUAAUAAUCCACGAAGAUUCAUACAAAAGGCAGAUUACAUUUCUUCAAGAAACGAUCAAUAAACUUGAAAAGAAAUUUCGUAAUGAAAUAGAAAUUUUACAAAGUGAUUAUGAAUCACAAAUUGAGAAAAUAAAAGCAGAAAAAAUACAAAUAGAAAUGGCGUAUAAAGAAGAAAUAGAAAAUUUAAAAAAAGAACAUGACAAAUCUAUUGAAGAAAUUAGUGAAAGGCAUACUAUGAAUAUAAAUCUUUUGCAAAAGGAACAUUCACAAACUCUUGAAAAUAUAUCAAAAGCUAAAGAAAGAGAAGAUUUAGCAGUGACGUCUGUAACAAAUCUUAAAUCUGAUAUGGAACAAAUGUUACAUAAAUCUAAUAUUUUAAUCAACAAUAUAAAGACUGUACACGAAAAAUUCAAAGAUAAGGAUGAAAAAGUUGAUAAAAUAAAAGAAGAAUAUUUAAAAUCGGAAAAAGAAUACUUAGAAGCAGAAAGACAAAGUUUAGAAAGACAAAAAGGUAUCUUGGAAGAAGAACGCAAAGAAAUUGUAGAAUCAAUGAAAAAACUUGAAUCGAAAUUUGUACAAUUCACAUCAAAUAUUGAAAAGCAAAGUUUGCAACAUAAUGAGGCAGAAGAAAGACUUAAUACAAAAGAAAAAAUAUUAACAAGGGAAAGAGAAUUAUUUGAACAGAAAGUUAUUUGGGAACGUAAACAUUUAGAGAGUUUAAGAGAUGCAUGGUUAAAAGAACAAGAAAGACAAUUAGGAGCAAUUGCACAAGAAAGAGAAGUAGUUAUAACAGAACGUGCAAAACUAGAAGUUUUCGAUAGAUUAAAAUCUGACGACAUGGCAAAGGCGGAGUUGGAAGCUGCUAUAAAGACUGCUCAAAAUGCGAAUAGCCGUGCUAAUCAAGAGAGAUUGAAAUGGCAAGAAAAAAUAAGAGAACUUGAAAUACAACAGCAACAGAUCCAAGAAAAGGAAAACGAACUUAUACUGCGUGCCAAAGAACUUGAAAACUUAACACAGUCUGCAUUAAAAAAAAAGGAUGAAGGAAUAAGGGCAUUAAAACAAGCUCGUCAAAUUGAAGAUCAACAUAAGGAAAGGCUCGGUCAAUUACAAUUACAGCUUGAAGCAUUGGCACAGAGAGAAACUAAAAUUGCAUCUGAGAAAUUACAUUUAGCAAGAGAAAGAUUAGCAUUACGAACUUCUCAAACAGAAAAACCAGUAAAAGACUUAAAAGUUAAUAUUCAUUCUACAUACGAAGAUAUUCCAACAGUUUUAUCAGAAAUUCCUACUUCACAAGUUGUACCUUCUUAUAUGGAGAUUAUCGAUCCACAAUUAAUAAUGCUAAAAUUGAAUUUAGAUAACCAGUUAGAUGUCACCAAUAAAUGCCUUGAAACAAUGGGUAUUUAA